GGAAAAUCAAUGGGAUUAAAUUGCUCGGCGGGAGGAUAAAACUGUUUUUGCCCAGUAGCAGUGGUGUGAAGUGACUACAAUGGCUCUGCGCACUUCUUCCUCUUUCUUAUCUUCCACUUCUUCAUGCUCCUCCUUGUGCUUUAGUUUCAAUCCUCUUCUCUUCUCCACGCAACGCCGUUUCACUGUCUCACUCUCCCGUUCUCGUCGAUUCUUCGCCAUGUCUGCAGCAGCAGCAGAAAACGAUGGUAUAUUUACUUCACCCGAAGUUGCAAAGUCAUUUGAUUUCAGUAAUGAAGAACGCAUAUAUAAAUGGUGGGAGUCUCAAGGAUAUUUCAAACCAAACAUUGACAAAGGGGGUGAUCCUUUCGUAGUUCCAAUGCCACCACCUAAUGUUACCGGUUCUCUGCACAUGGGGCAUGCCAUGUUUGUGACCCUUGAGGAUAUCAUGAUACGAUAUAACCGCAUGAAGGGAAGACCUACCCUUUGGCUUCCUGGAACAGAUCAUGCUGGUAUUGCAACUCAGUUGGUUGUGGAGAGAAUGCUAGCUGCAGAAGGAGUAAAACGGGCUGAUUUGGGUAGAGAUGAGUUUACAAAACGAGUAUGGGAAUGGAAACAGAAGUAUGGUGGAACCAUUACUAACCAAAUAAAGAGACUUGGUGCAUCCUGUGAUUGGACCAGAGAACGUUUUACCCUUGAUGAACAGCUGAGUAGAGCAGUAGUUGAAGCAUUUAUAAGGCUUCAUGAAAAAGGGUUAAUCUAUCAGGGUUCUUACAUGGUUAAUUGGUCUCCUAAUUUGCAGACUGCAGUUUCAGACUUGGAAGUAGAGUAUUCUGAAGAACCUGGUACACUUUAUUACAUCAAGUAUCGUGUUGCUGGAGGAUCAAAGAGUGACUAUUUGACAAUUGCAACCACACGCCCAGAGACUUUAUUUGGUGAUACUGCCGUUGCUGUUAAUCCUCAGGAUGAACGUUAUGCUAAGUUUAUAGGAAAGCAGGCUAUUGUGCCCUUGACAUUUGGUCGCCAUGUGCCAAUUCUCUCUGACAAGUAUGUCGACAAAGACUUUGGAACUGGUGUAUUGAAGAUAAGUCCUGGACAUGAUCACAAUGAUUACCUCCUUGCUCGCAAGCUUGGUCUUCCUAUACUUAAUGUGAUGAAUAAAGAUGGGACCCUAAAUGAGGUGGCUGGGCUAUAUGCUGGCCUUGACCGGUUUGAGGCAAGAAAGAAACUUUGGUCAGAUCUUGAGGAGACGGGCUUGGCUGUGAAGAAAGAGGCUCACACUUCACGAGUUCCUAGAUCCCAGCGUGGUGGAGAAAUUAUAGAACCUCUAGUGAGUAAGCAAUGGUUCGUCUCGAUGGAGCCUUUGGCUGAGAGGGCACUUGAAGCAGUUUCAAAAGGAGAAUUGACUAUUAUGCCUGAAAGAUUUGAGAAGAUAUAUAACCACUGGCUAUCGAAUAUUAAGGAUUGGUGUAUAAGCAGACAGUUAUGGUGGGGACAUCGAAUACCAGUUUGGUAUGUUUCUGGUAAAGACUGUGAAGAAGAAUAUAUUGUUGCUAGGAGUCACAGAGAAGCUCUCUCAAAAGCCCAAGAGAAGUAUGGGAAAAAUGUCGAAAUAUAUCAGGAUCCAGAUGUUCUUGAUACCUGGUUUUCGAGUUCAUUGUGGCCCUUCAGCACUCUUGGAUGGCCAGAUGAGUCAGCAGAGGAUUUCAAGCGGUUCUAUCCAACUUCCGUUCUUGAAACUGGGCACGACAUACUGUUCUUUUGGGUGGCACGAAUGGUGAUGAUGGGAAUUGAGUUUACUGGGACUGUCCCCUUUUCAAAUGUUUAUCUUCAUGGACUAAUUCGUGACUCUCAAGGCAGAAAAAUGUCUAAAACAUUAGGGAAUGUCAUAGAUCCCCUCGACACCAUUGCAGAGUAUGGCACAGAUGCUUUGCGCUUCACUCUUGCCUUAGGGACUGCUGGUCAGGAUCUAAAUUUGUCCAUGGAGAGGUUGACCUCUAACAAGGCAUUCACCAACAAAUUGUGGAACGCUGGCAAGUUCAUAUUGCGGAAUUUGCCUCAUCAAGAUGACACUCUUGCUUGGGAAGCUUUACUGGCCCAUAAGUUUGAUAAAGUGGAGUCUGUGGUGAAGCUCCCACUACCUGAAUGCUGGGUGGUAUCAAAACUUCAUGUACUUGUUGAUGAAGUCACUGCAAGUUAUGAGAAACUUUUCUUUGGAGAUGUUGGAAGAGAAAUAUAUGACUUCUUUUGGGCUGAUUUUGCUGAUUGGUACAUUGAAGUUAGUAAAGCUCGCCUGUAUCACUCCGGAGAUCAUUCUGUUGCAUCUGUAUCACAAGCAGCUCUGAUAUAUAUUUUUGGGAGCAUCCUUAAAUUGCUACAUCCAUUUAUGCCUUUCGUAACUGAAGAGCUCUGGCAG